UUUAUUUUUUCUUUUUGUUCGUCAUUAAAUUCUUUCAUUUUAAUCGAUGUUUUUUUUGUUUUUCGGUAAAAUCUGUCAAUAAAAUUCCUCUGAUUUUUUCAUUUUUUCUUUUAUUUUCCUUUCACUUUACAAAAAUAAAGAGAGAAAAUUUAUUUAUUUUCAACUAAAAAAUGAAUUUUUAUCGUUAUUCCGUCACCGGUUUUGACGACCUCCAAUUAAUGUUACGUCAAUUAGAUUCUCGUUUAAAACAAAGUUCGCAUCCUGACAGACCUUUGCCUUCCCAUAUUAUUUUUGUUUAUUUUACUGAUUCAAAAUUAUCUGACGGCUCUAAUUGGUGUGAAGAUUCUGCUAAAGCAGACCCUAUAGUUUGGCUAGCUUUGGAUAAAUUGGAAGAAAAAUUAAAAAAUGAGGAGUUAAAUAGUUCUAAUUCAAUUAAUAAUGUGCCUAUACAUUGGGUUAAUUGUCAAGUUGGUGCUCGUGAUUAUUGGUAUAAUCCAAAUAAUCCAUUUCGACGUGAUCCUCAACUUCGUCUACACCAAAUUCCAGCAUUAUUAGCCAUGUUUAAAAAGGGCGGAGAAUGGGCAGAUUGGGGGAAUACUGAAGAUGUUAGUCAAAUUUAUGAAAAAGAGGAAUAUUUUGGUGAUUUAAAGGCUAUACAAGUUGUGAUUGAUGAUUUUUUACACUUGGCUAGUAGAUUUGCUAAUUAA